UGAAGUUGGAUGACAACAGUUGUCUAACGGCUCACAUUUUGGGGGAUUGAAUUUCUCUUCAUAGUAUUCUCCUAUCCCUUGUUGAAUCUCUUUUGUUUCUGUGUUUUUGAAUAAACACACUUUUGUGUAUAUCGGUUUGUGUCCCCAAUGACAAGUUUCAUCGAAGGACACAGACUACCUUGCUUGGAAUGGAGUCCCAAACGGAGGUCAAAGGGGUGUGCUUACUUUGCUUACUAUUCCUGUGUCAUACAGGGUAGUCUCUCCACUAGUCGUUGCUACAAUGUUUCCGCUCGUUUUGCUUCGACACAAGUAUUUGGAAGCUUUCUAAAUGUCAACAAAAUGAAUCUUGUUCAGAAGAAAACCAGGCAAGAUAAGUUGGAAACCCAAAGAACGAGGUGCUCCAAAAGAUGUGACUGGAGAGAUUCAAAAGCAUAUCCUCUCUAUUGUAAUGUAUCGGAUCCCAAAAGUCAUAAAGAAAAAGAAACCAGUGUUUCAAUAUCUGAAGUGGAAAAGGAAAGAAGAAGACUGGUCCAGCGAAUUUUUGAUGCCUGUAACGGGGCAAGACGGAUGGAAAAGGUUGAAAAGGUGGUGGCAGCAGCUGGUUUCUUGGAUAGUGGUCAGCGUCUAAAACUUUGGCUUCGUAUCGAACAGUUGUGUAUGGAGAAGUUGUUUGAAGCUUCAGUCUAUAACUUUGAACGAGCAGCUGAGUUGAGAGAUGAGGCUUCUCUUUUAAGGUUGAGAGAUGCACACGUCAUUUUGCAGGAAAGUAUCGAUGAAGCGUUGCAUCAAGGGGAAUUAGGUUUUGCAAACAUAUUUUAUGAAGCAUUACAGCUUGUUGGUGAACCGCCCAAUCUGAAGAAAAGGAUUCCUUCUCAGGGAGGAGAAACAAGGACAAAUCGUGCAGGCAUCUGUAGUCGUUUUGAUACUUACCUUGUGAAUGAGUCUAAUAACAUGAAUGUAGCGCCCUCUAUUCAAAACAAUGACGAUAUCCGUGUUUUAUCUCCCACGCAAAAUGAAGACAAUAAGAAGCAACCUGCAGAUUGGGAGUCUUCCGAUCAAUCUUUUGUUGAGCCAGCUGUAUUAAGUCUGUGGGAUAAUCAGGAAAUGUUUGGAGAUGCCUUGAUUGAUGCAGAAGGAAUGCCGCUGAUGAACAAUAUGAAGGAAAGUAGAGAUAAAAUGAAUAAGGAUCCGAUGAGUUUGAAAAUGUCGCCCGGCAAUUCUUCAUUUGGUUUGGAUACAGCAUCUAAAGAUGUAGUUGGUUACUCCAAUUCGUCUUCUAUUGCUUCUUCUGCAGAUAGUUUUUCAGAAACGUCAAUCAAUUCUGACAAGGACAGCAAGACCGGAAUACUCGGCAACAAAAUGACUAGUCUAGCAUUUAGUCACUCGGAAGCUUUUAAUCAUAUUUUAAAAGUUCAGCUACAAGGCAAAUGGAAUAUGGAUAGGUCUUCACUUUCCGAGCAUUAUCUUUGUUUUGAAUAUCAAAUUCGGUUUGUGAAUACGGGUAGGGAAUUAAUCCAGUUGCUGAGUUCGAAUGGUUUUGUUGAAACCUCAGAUGGUCAAAAGCAUAUGCUUGCUGAAAAAUGGGUUGCUGAUCGAAAGCCGGUAGUCCAAGAUGGAGAAUCAUUUGAAUAUACAUCAUUCUGUGUAUUUCAAUAUCCAUCCAUUUCAGACGCUUUGCCCUUUAUUGGCUUUCUUAAGAUGAAUUUUAUACUCGUUCGUGGAGAUUGUGGUCAACAGUUAUUUCACUUAGAGACGAAACCUGUCCAAUUGCGACUUGAUGAUAAGAGUGGUGUGGAUUCUGAAUAGUUGUAUUGUGUAUAUAGAUCGAGCUUGGUGACAUUUAUCCCAGUUUAUAAUAUUCAUUCAUGUUGGGUUCUUUGGAGACGGUGGUCUUGUGUGUAAAUAAAUCUGCAAUGUGUAAAAUGAACAGCGUUGCUAUUGA